AUGGAGCCGGCCGAGCGGGCGGACGGCAGGGAUCCCCCGGAGCCCGGCGGGCUUCCCGGCCCGGACCCGCGGGGCUUCGUCCCUCAGAAGGAGAUCGUCUACAACAAGCUGCUGCCCUAUGCCGAGCGGCUGGACGCCGAGUCCGACUUGCAGCUGGCCCAGAUCAAAAGCAACCUGGGCCGGGCCGUGCAGCUCCAAGAGCUGUGGCCCGGGGGCCUCUUCUGGACCAGGAAACUCUCCACAUAUAUUCGACUUUAUGGGAGAAAAUUUAGCAAAGAAGAUCAUGUUCUUUUUAUCAAGUUAUUGUAUGAGCUGGUAUCAAUUCCAAAACUGGAAAUCAGCAUGAUGCAGGGAUUUGCCCGUCUCUUGAUCAACUUGUUAAAGAAAAAGGAACUUCUUUCAAGAGAUGAUUUGGAGUUACCUUGGAGACCACUUUAUGACAUGGUGGAAAGAAUACUAUAUUCCAAGACAGAGCACCUGGGAUUAAAUUGGUUUCCUAAUUCUGUAGAAAAUGUUCUCAAAACACUCGUGAAAAGCUGCCGACCAUACUUUCCAGCAGAUGCCACAGCUGAGAUGCUAGAAGAAUGGCGGCCUUUAAUGUGCCCUUUUGAUGUAACAAUGCAAAAGGCCAUCACUUAUUUUGAAAUAUUUCUUCCUACCUCCCUUCCUCCACAACUUCAUCAUAAAGGUUUUAAACUUUGGUUUGAUGAAUUAAUUGGCCUUUGGGUUUCAGUGCAAAAUCUCCCACAGUGGGAGGGGCAACUAGUAAAUCUCUUUGCUCGAUUGGCUACAGAUAAUAUAGGGUACAUAGACUGGGAUCCAUAUGUACCAAAGAUAUUUACAAGAAUUCUGAGAAGCUUGAACCUCCCAGUGGGAAGCAGUCAAGUGUUAGUCCCAAGAUUUUUAACAAAUGCUUAUGAUAUAGGACAUGCUGUGAUAUGGAUCACCGCUAUGAUGGGUGGACCAAGUAAACUAGUGCAAAAACAUUUGGCUGGUUUGUUUAACAGCAUCACAUCUUUUUACCAUCCCUCAAAUAAUGGGCGCUGGCUGAACAAAUUAAUGAAACUACUUCAGCGGUUGCCAAAUAGUGUUGUUAGAAGAUUGCAUCGUGAAAGAUACAAGAAGCCUUCUUGGUUAACUCCUGUGCCUGAUAGCCAUAAGCUUACUGAUCAAGAUGUUACAGACUUUGUACGAUGCAUUAUUCAACCUGUCCUCUUGGCUAUGUUUAGCAAAACUGGUAGUUUAGAAGCAGCCCAGGCUCUGCAGAAUCUUGCACUCAUGAGACCUGAGUUAGUAAUACCCCCUGUACUUGAAAGAACGUAUCCUGCACUAGAGACUUUAACAGAACCUCACCAGCUCACAGCUACUUUAAGUUGUGUAAUUGGAGUAGCCCGAAGUUUGGUAUCAGGUGGCAAAUGGUUUCCUGAAGGUCCAACACACAUGCUACCUCUGUUGAUGAGAGCAUUGCCUGGGGUGGAUCCAAAUGACUUUAGUAAAUGCAUGAUCACAUUCCAGUUCAUAGCAACAUUUUCCACUCUGGUGCCUUUAGUAGAUUGUUCAUCUGUACUACAAGAAAGAAAUGACCUCACAGAAGUGGAACGAGAACUUUGUUCAGCCACAGCUGAAUUUGAGGAUUUCGUCUUACAAUUUAUGGACAGAUGUUUUGGACUUAUAGAAAGUAGCACAUUGGAGCAAACAAGAGAAGAGACGGAAACUGAGAAAAUGACUCACUUGGAGAGUUUGGUCGAAUUAGGCCUGUCUUCUACAUUUAGUACAAUCCUCACACAAUGUUCCAAAGAAAUAUUUAUGGUAGCCCUUCAGAAGGUUUUUAAUUUUUCUAUUUCGCAUAUAUUUGAAACAAGAGUAGCAGGCCGCAUGGUGGCAGACAUGUGCCGAGCUGCUGUAAAGUGCUGCCCAGAGGAGUCUUUGAAGUUAUUUGUUCCCCACUGCUGCAAUGUUAUAACUCAGCUUACAAUGAAUGAUGAUGUAUUAAAUGAAGAAGAGCUAGAUAAGGAAUUGCUGUGGAAUCUUCAGCUUUUGUCUGAGAUUACUCGAGUGGAUGGGAAGAAGUUGCUUCUUUAUAGGGAGCAGCUAGUAAAGAUUCUCCAAAGAACCCUCCAUCUAACCUGUAAGCAGGGUUACACUCUGUCUUGUAACCUUUUGCAUCACCUCCUCCGUUCUACUACACUUAUCUACCCGACAGAGUACUGCAGUGUGCCGGGUGGCUUUGACAAGCCUCCUUCCGAAUACUUUCCUAUCAAGGACUGGGGUAAGCCAGGGGACCUAUGGAACCUGGACAUCCAGUGGCAUGUUCCUUCUUCAGAAGAAGUGGCUUUUGCCUUCUAUCUGUUGGACUCUUUUCUUCAGCCUGAGCUCAUCAAACUUCAGCACUGUGGUGAUGGAGAACUUGAAAUGUCUAGAGAUGAUGUUCUACAGAGUCUGACUAUAGUGCACAAUUGUUUAAUUGGCUCAGGAAACCUCCUACCUCCAUUGAAAGGAGAGCCGGUUACUAACUUGGUACCAAGUAUGGUGUCAUUGGAAGAGACAAAAUUGUAUACUGGACUUGAAUAUGAUCUAUCCAGAGAGAACCACCGAGAAGCAAUUGCUAGGGUCAUAAGGAAACUUCUUAACCACAUACUUAACAAUUCAGAAGAUGAUACCAAGUCUUUGUUUCUUAUCAUAAAGAUUAUUGGAGACCUCUUGCAGUUCCAGGGAUCUCACAAGCAUGAAUUUGACUCCCGUUGGAAAAGCUUUAACCUAGUAAAGAAAUCAAUGGAAAACCGGCUCCAUGGGAAAAAACAACAUAUCAGAGCACUGUUGAUUGACAGAGUUAUGUUGCAGCAUGAGCUACGAACACUGACUGUUGAGGGUUGUGAAUACAAAAGGAUACAUCAAGAUAUGAUCCGAGAUCUUCUUCGUUUAUCUACAAGUUCAUACAGUCAGGUCAGAAAUAAGGCUCAGCAAACAUUUUUUGCUGCCUUGGGCGCAUAUAACUUCUGUUGCAGAGAUAUCAUUCCCCUGGUUUUGGAGUUCUUACGGCCUGAUAGACAAGAUGUCACACAACAGCAGUUCAAGGGUGCCUUGUAUUGUCUCCUUGGAAAUCACAGUGGUGUAUGUUUGGCAAACCUUCAUGAUUGGGACUGUAUUGUACAGACUUGGCCAGCAAUUGUUUCUUCCGGACUUAGCAAAGCGAUGUCCCUGGAAAAGCCAUCAAUAGUGAGACUGUUUGAUGAUCUUGCAGAAAAGAUUCAUCGACAAUAUGAAACAAUUGGCUUGGAUUUCGCAAUUCCAAAGUCCUGUGUUGAAAUAGCAGAAUUACUUCAACAAUCAAAAAACCCCUCCUCCAACCAGACAAUGCUUAGUUCAGAAGAAAUUAAAGAAGGACUUAAACGCCAACAAGAAAAGAAUGCUGAUGCCCUAAGGAACUAUGAAAAUUUGGUAAACACUUUAUUAGAUGGUGUGGAGCAGAGAAAUCUGCCUUGGAAAUUUGAACAUAUAGGCAUUGGGCUUCUGUCUCUACUUUUGAGAGAUGACCGAGUGUUACCUCUUCGUGCCAUACGUUUUUUUGUUGAGAAUCUCAACCAUGAUGCAAUUGUAGUUCGAAAGAUGGCAAUCUCAGCUGUGGCUGGUAUUCUUAAGCAGCUCAAAAGAACCCACAAAAAGCUGACCAUCAACCCCUAUGAAAUGAGUGGAUAUUCUAAACCUACCCAAAUUCUUGCUGGUGAUAGGCCUGAUAAUCAUUGGUUGCAUUAUGAUAGCAAAAGUAUACCAAGAACCAAAAAAGAAUGGGAGUCAAGCUGCUUUGUGGAAAAAACUCACUGGGGAUACUACAGCUGGCCUCAGAAUAUGGUUGUUUAUGCUGGUGUGGAAGAGCAGCCUAAGCUUGGCAGAAGCAGGGAGGAUUUGACAGAGGCUGAACAGAUUAUAUUUGAUCAUUUUUCUGAUCCUAAAUUUGUUGAACAGUUAAUUACUUUUCUAUCUUUAGAAGACAGAAAAGGAAAAGAUAAGUUUAAUCCUCGCCGUUUUUGCCUCUUUAAGGUAAAUAUGUUAUUUAAUAUCCCGCUUCAUUAGGUGGAGAAGCUUUGGCAGCUUCUUUGCCCACUGCUUAGAACAGCAUUGUCCAAUAUUACGGUAGAAACUUACAACGACUGGGGAACUUGUAUAGCAACAUCCUGUGAAAGCAGAGAUCCCCGGAAACUUCAUUGGCUUUUUGAGCUGCUGUUAGAAUCACCAUUGAGUGGUGAAGGAGGAUCCUUUGUAGAUGCAUGUCGACUCUAUGUACUGCAAGGUGGCCUUGCCCAGCAAGAGUGGAGGGUACCUGAGCUGUUGCACAGACUACUGAAGUACUUGGAACCCAAACUCACCCAGGUUUACAAAAAUGUCAGGGAAAGAAUAGGGAGUGUGCUGACCUACAUAUUUAUGAUCGAUGUUUCUUUGCCAAACACUGCACCAACAGCAUCCCCACGGGUCCCUGAGUUUACUGCUCGAAUUCUAGAGAAAUUGAAACCCCUCAUGGAUGUAGAUGAAGAAAUUCAGAACCAUGUUAUGGAAGAAAAUGGAAUUGUUGAAGAAGAUGAGCGAACUCAGGGCAUUAAACUCUUAAAAACUAUAUUGAAAUGGCUGAUGGCUAGUGCAGGAAGAUCCUUCUCUACAGCAGUCACAGAACAACUUCAGCUUCUCCCUUUGUUUUUUAAGAUUGCCCCAGUGGAAAAUGACAAUAGCUAUGAUGAACUGAAAAGAGAUGCAAAGUUAUGUUUAUCACUAAUGUCUCAGGGCUUGCUUUACCCUCAUCAAGUGCCUUUGGUACUUCAGGUGCUAAAACAAACAGCAAGAAGCAGUUCUUGGCAUGCUAGAUAUACAGUGCUGACCUACCUCCAGACCAUGGUAUUUUAUAACCUCUUUAUUUUCCUAAACAAUGAAGAUGCAGUUAAAGACAUCAGGUGGCUUGUUAUAAGUCUUUUGGAGGAUGAACAACUAGAGGUUCGAGAAAUGGCUGCUACCACCUUAAGCGGUCUGUUACAGUGUAACUUCCUUAACAUGGACAGUCCUCUGCAGAUUCAUUUUGAGCAACUUUGCAAAACGAAGCUACCGAAGAAAAGAAAGCGAGACCCUGGUUCCGUAGGAGACACGAUUCCUUCUGCAGAGUUGGUCAAACGUCAUGCUGGGGUGCUAGGACUUGGUGCAUGUGUUCUUUCUAGUCCCUAUGACGUUCCCACCUGGAUGCCCCAGCUCCUUAUGAAUCUCAGUGCACAUCUGAAUGAUCCGCAGCCUAUUGAGAUGACUGUAAAAAAGACCUUAUCCAAUUUCCGGAGGACGCACCAUGACAACUGGCAAGAACACAAACAGCAAUUCACAGAUGACCAGCUGCUUGUUCUCACUGAUCUCCUUGUGUCACCGUGCUAUUAUGCAUAGAAGGAUGAGUAGUCCUCACUUCAAGCUCUUUUCAUCAAAAAUUCCAGAUCCUCAGGUACCAUAUGUGGCGGCUCUCUGCAGGUUUUAAAACUCUGCCUUUGUUGAGCUCUCAUCAUUUUGGUGGCUUCUGUGUUUGGUCUCAUUAGUCUCCGUUCCACAGGUUCUCAGCUGCCAUUUGAUUACCUAACUUGUCUGGAAAUGACUCCAGAAUAUUGAUCACUUUUUCUUUGAGGCGUCUGACAAAGCUGCAAUGUCUCAGACUAGAAAUAAUUACCCAGUAUGAUCAUGGCAUCCAAGACCAAACAGAGUCUAGGAACUCAUUAGGAAACAGUUUACUUGUAAUGGAGAAUACCUAUCUGUAGUACAGGUCCCGUCAUUUCAUUCAUCUCAAAUUAUUUUGAAUUUUUUCCAAAUGGCUGUUGGGUGUAGAGGGUAGUACGGCUGUGGGCCAUAAAUUGAAGCCUUUGAGAGCCUUGGGUCUGGAGAGCUAUGAAGAGGGAAGGAAAAGAGAGCAAGUCUCGAAUCUAGCCAAGGACCUGAUGGAGUGCGCCACCAAGACACAGAAGUGAAGGCUGUGUCCACGUGCUUCCCACAGACUGGAGUUUUUGGUGCUGAUUAGAAAGAGCAGUUGCUGAAAAACUGGGGGUUUGGUGAAUAAAUUUUUGAUUGAUUGUUGUGUGUGUAUACAAUGUGUGAUUUUGAAAAUAAACAACAAAAACAAUAAAAACCCUGACUGGUUGAUUUUUACCUGUAUUCUUUACAUAUACUGUUUGAUCAACCCUCUUUGAAAACUGUUAUAUUUCACCUAAUGGAAGACUGCUGUAUUUGUGGAAAUUCUGUAAGGUUUUUUUUUGUUGUUCUUUUUUUCUUUUUUUUUUGCUUGCAGAAUCGUUGAGAGACUAAAUAAGUCUUUAUAUUUAAUUGACUUGUUUAUUAAUAAAUGUUAUAUAGAUGUAAAAGACUGUAUAAACUGUAGAGAUAGCAUUGGCAAGACUGUACAGAUGCAACCUUUUACGCAGCAGCAUUGUGUAAUUAAUUUGUAAAGAUUCACAUGUAGCUCUUUACUAUAGUGAUUUUUUGGCUUUUGUACCAACUGAAUGCCAUUUUUUGUGUUUUUAAAUUAUUUUCUCUAUCUUUUCAUGUUACAAAAGCUGAGGUGUGGGGGUUUUGAGUUCAUUUAUCAUUAGAAUGUCUGGAUUUUUAUGUGACAUUUUGUGUGCAUCGCUAAAUGCAAACACCACAUGUUUGCCUGUGACAAGUUUAUAGAAUGCAAGGUAUCUUCUAGGUUAAAGUAAUUCACAAGUUAGUGAAUGUCCUCUUGCAACACACCCUGUACAGUCUUCCUUAAAGGAACACUACAGUAUAUUUUUUAGUAUCUACUUGCUGAAUGACUCCAUACAGACCUAAGCUCAGCAGAGGUCCUGGUACAGUAUUGAAUUGUCUGCGUACACAGGCGUAAUCCCUGUAUAGAGUAGUGCCAAACUGACAAUUUCAAUUGUGUAACUAGUUUAAAACCCAAUAAAUGGAUUGUUUUUAA